GUAGAUGAAUAUCAGGGAGCUCAUUAUUAAUAAAAAAUAUUUUUAAAAUAAUUAAAUGUUUUGCAAAUAAUAUAUGAGAUAUUUUUGAAAAUUUCCUUUCACUUUAAAUUGGAAGGAGCUUCUCCUUGUAAACCUGGCAAUUUAUGCACACGCUCGACUAGCCUAAACUGGCUUACUACUGUGAGUCGGACGUGGACACGAGUCUAAUGUUUAGAGGGUUAUGUGAAACAAGAAAAUGGAUAUCAGAAACACGAACAGUACAACAAAGACGGAUCUUAGUUUGCUGAUUGAGGUUCUGAAGUUUCAGAUGAAAUGCCCUGAAUCCCAGAAACAAGCUCUUCUUGCCAUCUAUUCCAUUUGUCAAAACAGAGAGGAUAAUGUGGACCUGUUCAGAGAGAUGGGAGGUGUAGCGUUUGUUUACAGCCUUUCCAAGUCAAGUUUUGUUCAUCCAGAUGUCAAGGAGACAGUGCUUUUUACGCUCGGAACUCUAGCAGAGGCAAAUGUGUACUGCAAGACCUAUCUGUGCAGAAAGGACACAUUCUCCCACCUUGCUACCUUGCUUCAGAUACCAGAUAGCCCGGUUACACUGCGACGGGUGUCUGUCUACCUGCUGUCUGUGCUGGUAGCCAACAACAAAUUAGGACAAACAUUUGCACAGAACACUGGCUGCCUGGAUAUUCUCUUGGAGCUCUUCAGGACUAGUUUUCCGUUUUCAACGUCUGAUGAAAACCCAAUGCUGCUUAACGUCUCUCAAAUGUACCAACUUUGGACAUCAGUGGCCAACGCUCUCUGUGGCUGUGUCAACAACCCUCAGAAUGAGGAUGCACAGCGCAUUUGUGUGGCAGCCUAUCCCCUGAUGAAGACCUGGCUGCAGCAAAUCACACUCCCUCGCCCGGAAAUGUUUCAGCCACUAUGCUUCUUUAUAGCAAUGUCAGUCGGCAAUAACUCCUAUACUCAAGAGAGUUUCUCUGCCUCUGGCUGUCUGGAAACUCUGACUUGCACACUGGUCCGCUUAGCUGCAGAUGCAGAGAAGAGCCUGUUGUGUUGUCAGAUCUCCGUCAUCAUCACCAAGACCCUGUCUUCCUGCUUCACAGACAAUGCUGUUUCAGUGAGAGCCCUGGCUCAGUAUGGCCUGGUUCCCCAGCUCGUCUCCCUGCUCUCCAGUGCUCACCUGGAGCCUAAGGACAGGAUCCCAGUCCUGCUCACCCUCGGCCACUGCACCGAGGCCUCAGAGGAACACCAGCACCAGUUGGUGCAGUGUGGAGGCCUGUCCGCCAUCAUCACCCUCCUCACUGAGUCCCCCUCGGAGGAUCUCAGGAAGGCCACGACCUUCAUUCUGCAAACAUGCAAACAAGCCACAAUGUCCUUGGGAGGACCUGCCCCGGACUGCGAGGAGGCCGGGACCUUCACCAACAUGGACGCCUACUGGGAUUCAGCCAAUGAGCUGCUGAACAGAAUCCAUCGGCUGGAGAAGAGCCAGCGGGGGACGGCAGUGGCAACAGACACAGCUCGUAGACAAGGGGUUGAAGAAAUGUUGAAGGAGAGUUUGGGAGAAGAGGAGAUCCGCAUGGAGUUCACCCCCCUGGCCUGUGCCAAGCAGAACGCCCCCAGAGGAGGGGAGCGGGAGUGGCAGGGAAGAGACCAACCGUACCGCUGGAGGGACUCCACAGGGCGGCCAUUACCGCAGAGAAACCACACAGAGGACGCCUAUGAAGAAGAAGAGGACCAGAAAACAAGUGUUCGAGAGGGACAUGCAGCUCCCUACCCGGUGCAGGUGAGCCAGGUAAGGAGGAGGAUUUUCUACAGCUACAAGGAAGAAGACCCACCCAAAGUCUUGGCUGAGUGUGACAGAGUGCCAGAGGAGGUCGUUGCCCUUCACCAGAACAACAGUCAUGUCGGCCAUGUCAACACACAGUACUCCCAGCCAGAGAGUCACAAGGCCUCUGCCAACAGAGGCAACAGCUCUCUCUCUGCAGCCCGCUCCAACCCUGCAGCUCCAGGACGGGCUCUUAGUGGUGCUGUUGGCUGUGAGAUAAUGUGUUCAAUGUGCAAGGGGACUGGAACUGUUAAAUAUACCUCAGACAUCAUACCACCAGAUGGUGCCAGAGAGCCACAUACAGACAGUGAAGUGCUUUACCUCCCGCCACCAAUGAAGCAAUCUAUGGCCAAACAAAGGAAAUGGAUUGCAGAUGACGAUGCAUUGUCUUUGUGUAGCGAGCUGCUGGACAAUGAGAUCAGGCAGCUGAGCCGGUUCCCAGAGAAUGAAGCUAUACAUGUAGCACCACCGUUAGGAGAGAGGUGCUCAGGCUGUGUGUUGCCAUUUGAUGCGGUGACCAGCAGAACGUUCUGGGCUCUCCAGAGCUCCUGUCUCCACAGCUGUGAUCUGCACAGAGUGCUGGAGGAGGCCAGCGAUGCGUUCAGAGCACGGUACACACAGGAGACACAAGGAGGCGAUGGGGGGUUGGCCAAUGCACACCAGGACUCACGUUCAGGAGAAGUGCAGCAGAGACACCGGGGAGGUUGGAGAGGAAGAGGUCAUGACGUCGAAGAAACCGCUCACAUUGGAGAGCCAAAGACUAAGUCUGAUCGAGAGGCUGGUUCUACUCAGAGGAGGAGAAAUGACUUCAGCAGGGAGGAGGUGACGUAUCUUCUGAACGGGGUCAAGAAGUUUGGUUUCUCCUGGAACUCCAUCUUGUGGUCAUACCCCUUCCAGCCUGGGCGCACCAAUGUUAACCUGGCUAAGAAGUACAGGCAGCUAAUGGUAAAAGCGACCUAACCCUAAUACUACUUUCGAAUGGAAACGGUAUCCUACCCUAAUUCUACCUUUGUGAUUCAUUUACUUGAUUCAUUUAUUUAAGUUCGCCAAACCACUACUUUAUUCUGAUCUGUUGGUUAUUUUUCUCUUUGUUUGUGCCCAGAUAUUUAUUGAACCUAAACGUCUGAGUUUGUAACCAUGUUAAUCGCAAAUAACGUUAAAUAAAUAAGGAAGCUAUAUAUUACAAAUGUUUGAAUUUAGUAUUGUAACUUCAUAGUUUCAUUGUGGAGUACAAUGUAGUCAUAUAAAUAAUAAUUUAUUGAGUUCUGUUUACCAAUGCAUUUUAUUAAAUUGCAUUUGAAAUUUCUUAGUUGGUGUUUCUCAAUAAAAUGUAAUGUUCAAUUCAG